UCACUCCACUCCUGGAAGGUGAGCACAACACAACGCACUAGCUCAAUAGUGUGCUGGACCUGGUAAGGCCACCAGCCACAGGGAGGUCUCUAACCUUGCAAAACUUGUAGUGUUACAAGAGCAGAGCGAGAGACAGAGGAAGAAGCUAUUGGAGCAGAGCACAGUAGGAGGAGGGAGUGGUGUGCAGUGCAAACUUCAGUAGAAGAGGUGAAUGAUGGAUAUCGAGUCCAGGCAAGGUUCCAAAGGGGACUCCAUGGCUGCUUCUGCCGCUGAGGUCUCUGUUGACUGGAGAGGAAGGCCCUGUGACCCUCGCAAGCAUGGCGGCAUGAAAGCCGCCGUCUUCGUCCUAGGGAUCCAGGCGUUCGAGAUGAUGGCGAUCGCGGCGGUGGGGAACAACCUGAUCACAUACGUCUUCGGGGAGAUGCACUUCCCGCUGUCCCAGUCCGCCAACAUCGUCACCAACUUCAUCGGCACCGUCUUCCUCCUCUCCCUCCUCGGCGGCUUCCUCUCCGACUCCUACCUCGGCAGCUUCUGGACCAUGCUGAUAUUCGGAUUCGUCGAGCUCUCGGGGUUCAUAUUGCUGGCGGUGCAGGCGCACCUGCCGCAGCUGCGUCCGCCGCCGUGCGACAUGAUGGCGGCGGGGGAGGGGUGCGAGGAGGCGGGCGGGGUGAAGGCGAGCAUCUUCUUCGUGGCGCUGUACCUGGUGGCGCUGGGCAGCGGGUGCCUCAAGCCCAACAUCAUCGCGCACGGCGCGGACCAGUUCCGGCGGGGCGGCGGCGGUGACGCGCGGCGGCUGUCGAGCUACUUCAACGCAGCCUACUUCAGCUUCUGCGUGGGCGAGCUGGUGGCGCUCACCGUGCUCGUCUGGGUGCAGACGCGCUCCGGGAUGGACGUUGGGUUCGGGGUCUCCGCCGCCGUCAUGGCGAUCGGCCUCGUCAGCCUCGUCGCCGGCGUCGCCUUCUACCGCAACAAGCCGCCGCAGGGCAGCAUUUUGAUGCCCAUAGCAAAGGUAUUUGUUGCCGCCGUGACAAAGAGGAAGCAAGUGUGCCCGUCGACGGCCACCGUGCAGGCCAUCGCCACCCACGAGAUGUCGGUUAACACUAACAUCCGCCGCAUCAACAAGUUCAGGUUCUUGGAUAAGGCAUGCGUGAAGGCGCAGGAUGGCGCCGGCGGGGCGUUGGUGGGGAAGGAGAGCCCGUGGCGGCUGUGCACGCCGGAGGAGGUAGAGCAGGUGAAGGUGCUGCUGUGCGUGGUGCCCAUCUUCGCGUGCACCAUCGUCUUCAACACCAUCCUGGCGCAGCUGCAGACCUUCUCCGUCCAGCAGGGCAGCGCCAUGGACACGCGCCUCGCCGCCUCCUUCCACGUCCCGCCGGCCUCGCUGCAGGCCAUCCCCUACCUUAUGCUCGUCGCGCUCGUCCCGGCCUACGAGGCCGCCUUCGUGCCCGCCAUGCGCCGUCUCACGGGCGUCGCCACGGGGAUCACCCCGCUCCAGCGCAUCGGCGUCGGCCUCUUCGCCGUCACCUUCUCCAUGGUCGCCGCCGCGCUCGUCGAGGCACGCCGCCUCUCCGAGAGCGUCGAGGGCCGGAUCCUCUCCAUCUUCUGGAUCGCGCCGCAGUUCCUGGUGUUCGGGCUGUCGGAGAUGUUCACCGCCGUGGGGCUCAUCGAGUUCUUCUACAAGCAGUCGCUCGCCGGCAUGCAGGCCUUCCUCACCUCCAUGACCUACUGCUCCUACUCCUUCGGCUUCUACCUCAGCUCCGUGCUCGUAUCGCUCGUCAACAUGGUCACCAGAAGCUCCGCCAGCGGCAAUGGCGGCUGGCUCGCCAGCAACCACCUCAACAAUGACAGGCUCGACCUCUUCUACUGGCUCCUCGCCGCGCUCAGCCUCCUUAACUUCUUCAACUACCUCUUCUGGGCGAGGUGGUACUCCAACAGCGUCGAGACGGUGCAGGUGGCCGGAGUUGGAGGCGGCGGCGGGGAUGUGCAGGAGGACGAGAAGGGCACUGGCGUACUGCUGGCUGCUAAUAGUAGCAUGGGCCUCUGACAAGUGAGCCCGGGAAGAUCAAGCAUAUCAGUCAAUUAGUCAGUUAACUUAGUGCUUAUGUGUAGUUAACCUUUUUUAAUUUUUUUUCUUAUGUUGUUUUUAAUGGUUGUGCCUUGCAUUGGCUAGGCCAACCUUAAGGGUAGUGUUGUAAAUUCCACUCCUGCGGGGAUGCAUGAGUAUUGAGUAGCACUGGUUUGGGUAGCUGAACCUAGUCUCCUAUUUUCCUUGCAUGGAAGGAGCUAAUAUAUCUAAUAUAUAUGUAGCUGUGUAAAUACCAAAUAAUUUCUCAUAAAGCAGAGCACCGAAUUUGUUU